AUGGCUCAGUUCCAGGGUAAUACAGGAGAUACGUUUAAGAGGAAUACCAAUUUUACUCGCAGUCAAAGACCAAGAACUAUCGAUAAACAGGAACAGAAGAAGAUUUAUGUUGGCUGGGCUAAUACUUACUUGGCUCAGAGAGAAUUUCCUGAACUGAUAAAUGAUUUACAGAAAGAUAUCAAUAAAGGACUCAUCCUCAUCAAUCUUAUGGAAAGCAUAGUUGGAGAAAGAAUACCACACGUCUGUCGUAAUCCCUACUAUCAAAAUCAAAAGCUUGCCAAUGUUAUCAAUUGUUUAAAAUACCUUAACAAGAAAGGCAUUGCAAUUCAUUAUGGUAUUGCUACAGAUAUUGUUAACGGUGACCUUAAGGCUAUCCUAAGCUUAUUCUUUAGUUUAACGCAAUUGGAACAUCAAAUAAAGCUACAAAAAAGUAAACAGAAGGCAAUUAAUGACAACGAUGAACAGCGUAUGGCUUCUAAUUCUUACAAUUCGCUAUCAUUACGCCGAGCAUACAUCAAAGACGUUUACAUACUUUACAAGAAAAAUCUUAUCAGCACCUUAUAUGAUGCGAAUCCAAAUCAGUUUAAAUAA